AUGAAUCUUGUCCGACAAGGCACUAUUUUAGGGUCUGGCUCUGCUCAAGGGGCAGAUACGGAUUUCGGCACUGUUCUCGGGGAUGCUCAUUCUCGCCUUAAAUCUGGAGCCAAGCUGCAACAGUCACAAAAAUGUGGAACCACCAAAGCUAUAAAUCUGGAGCGCGCUUCUCCUAGGUCUCGUGUAGACGUCGAUAUUCUGUUGGAAAGUGAUGUCUGCGUAGAAGGCGGGCAGCUUACAGGUCGACUCAAAAUUCGUGUCAGAAAGCAGGCGAAGGGAAGGGAUCCCGUUAUGCUAUCGGAAGGCAAGGUACGAAUUAUCGGCUUCGAAAGCACCAUGAACGCGCAAGAGCGCAGUAUCUUCUACGAACGUUCUGCACCUCUGGGACAGGUGUCUUCCGGAUUGACAAAGCUUUACACCUCUGAGUUCGACGACGAAGGCUUUGCCCAGACUUCCGAAGGUGUCUACACGUUCCCUCUUGCGGUUUAUCUUUGUCCGGUCUCCGAACGAGGAGCACCCAAAGGUAACAUCUCUGUUCACCCCGGCGUUGCUGUUCGUUAUAUUGCCAUGGUCUCUCUCAGAAUUAAAGACCCCCUUACAGGCAGCAAAGCCGUCACACACUUCUAUCGCGACUGUAGCAUCUGGCCUAGACUCAAUCCUUCGGUUGUCCUCGCUCCUCUGCUCCAACCUCUUCAGGCGACAGCCUCAGAAAGCGGCGGGGACAAGGUUCAACUGACGGCUUCUUUACACAGAUCAUACUGGGUCGCCGGUCAGCUCUGUCAUGUUCGUAUCAGGGUGGUGAACAAUUCUAAGAAAGUGUUGAAGAGUGUUGUUCUUGAGCUUUUCCGGUCCACAACUAUCUUUAGACGCGAGCGACCAGCCAGUGGUCCGGAAGAAAUAAUGAGCGUUUCUCCAGCAUCUACGACUACGAAGAAAAUAGCUGAAGCCUCGAUAGUUAUGGGAGAUCGAGCUACUCGAGGGCACGCAAGUGCAAAGGGAUGGUGGACUGGUGUUGCGCCUGGUGAAAUGCAGGUCUUCAUGCAUUCGAUCUUGAUACCAGUGGGUGCUCAGAAUUACCAUUCGUGCCAGUUUCAACAUUUCCCUCAGCCAGAUGCAGUGUCGAUUUCGCGUGGUCAGCUCUUGGAGAUCUCGUACGCAAUACAAGUUGUCCUCAGUACGAACGCAAUUUUCUCAACGGAUGUCCACGUAUCGUUACCCAUUCGGAUCAUCAAUUUCAUCUCCAUCGACCCUCCUCCAAUCUCGCCAGCCUCCCUAGGUGCUACGAAAAGCGUUGUAGAAGACGAAUACGACCAGCGCUGCGAAUACUUCGAGCCUGAAUCAGAGGACGAACAGUAUGACGGCUAUGAAGAGCUCGGAAAUCUCCCCAUUCUGGACGAUGACGAUGAGGUCGUUCAACAUGCGGUCAGCUCUCUUAUGAACGGCACAGCUCAUCAUAAAGAUCCUUCGCGUGGCUCGGAGAUGUAUUAUGCGGCGUUGCAGGAGGACCUCGAUCCUAAUAAAAUCGAGUCUGAUUCUUGUCCAACUGGUUUGUUCAAAGAAGAAACUGAGCCAGUUGAAAUUGGAGCGCGCAAGCUAGCUCAGCUCAGCACCGAGCCUAGCGCUCUUCGGUCAACCGGUGUUGGUCCUGGCGCCGCAUCCCUGCAGCAGUCUCCAAACAUGCGAGAGGAAGUCGUUUUCACACACGGGCGCCAAAUAGAUCCAACUGCGACACACGUCGGCGGUCCCAAAACUGCGUCCUCCACUCAGAACCAUGGGGAAAUCGUUGAUCAAUUUGAGCGCAAUCGCGGCACAAGGGUCAUGGGUGCGGGUAGUGCUCCUGCCUCGGGAGGAAGUGUUCAGGAUAAGAUUCGUGAGCUGGAGGAAAGAGUGGCCAGAGCGUCUACAACUUAA